GUAGAAAUGGCGGCGCUUCGGGCCGUGUGUUAUUAUUCACGGUCGAUUCUAACGACAUGAGAGACGUUUCUGUGUUGUAUUUUCAUAAAGAGAAUACAUCCCGUCUCCACGAGGAGCUAAAGUAGCUUUAUAGACUGAGUGAGCGCUGGAUAUUGUGGCGGUUCUGCUGACCGACCGCGAUCAUGGCGACGGAGAUCGGCUCCCCGCCGCGGUUCUUCCACAUGCCCCGGUUCCAGCACCAGGCUCCGCGGCAGCUCUUCUACAAGCGGCCGGACUUCGCGCAGCAGCAGGCCAUGCAGCAGCUCACCUUCGACGGCAAGCGCAUGAGGAAAGCCGUGAACCGCAAGACCAUCGACUACAACCCCUCCGUUAUCAGAUACCUCGAGAAUCGUCUGUGGCAGCGCGAUCAUCGGGACUUGCGUGCUGUCCAGCCGGAUGCUGGUUGCUUCAAUGAUCUCGUUCCUCCUAUCGGGAUGCUCAAUAACCCUAUGAAUGCGGUCACCUCAAAGUUUGUCAGGACGUCCACCAAUAAAGUGAAAUGUCCAGUGUUUGUCGUACGGUGGACCCCUGAAGGCAGACGACUGGUCACGGGCGCCUCGAGUGGCGAGUUCACUCUGUGGAACGGCCUGACCUUCAACUUUGAAACUAUUCUGCAGGCUCACGACAGCCCGGUGCGAGCGAUGACGUGGUCUCACAACGACAUGUGGAUGUUGACCGCCGACCACGGAGGCUACGUGAAGUACUGGCAGUCCAACAUGAACAACGUCAAGAUGUUCCAGGCGCACAAGGAGGCGAUUAGAGAGGCCAGUUUCUCUCCUACGGAUAAUAAAUUUGCCACUUGCUCUGACGACGGAACCGUGCGCAUCUGGGACUUCCUGCGCUGCCACGAGGAGAGAAUUCUGAGAGGCCACGGUGCAGACGUCAAAUGUGUCGACUGGCAUCCCACCAAAGGCUUGGUGGUUUCGGGCAGCAAAGACAGCCAACAGCCCAUCAAGUUCUGGGAUCCGAAGACCGGCCAGAGUCUGGCAACCUUACACGCCCAUAAAAACACCGUGAUGGAGGUGAAGUGGAACCUGAACGGUAACUGGCUGCUGACGGCGUCUCGAGACCACUUGUGCAAACUGUUCGACAUCCGAAACCUGAAGGAGGAGCUGCAGGUUUUCAGAGGCCACAAGAAGGAGUCGACAGCGGUGGCCUGGCACCCUGUUCACGAGGGCCUGUUCGCCAGCGGGGGCUCGGACGGAUCGCUGCUGUUCUGGCAUGUGGGGGUGGAGAAAGAGGUGGGUGGCAUGGAGCUGGCACACGAAGGCAUGAUCUGGAGCUUAGCCUGGCACCCGCUCGGCCACAUCUUGUGCUCGGGGUCCAACGACCACACCAGCAAAUUCUGGACGCGGAAUCGACCGGGAGAUAAGAUGCGCGACCGGUACAACCUGAAUCUGUUACCGGGGAUGUCGGAAGACGGCGUGGAGUACGAUGACCUGGAGCCCAACAGUCUGGCUACCAUUCCUGGGAUGGGAAUUCCAGAGCAGCUGAAAGCAGCCAUGGAGCAGGAACAAAGCGAUAAAGAGACCGUUCCAGAGGCAGAGAUGAGCAUCCCAGGACUGGACUGGGGAAUGGAGGAGGUGAUGCAGAGGGACCUGAAGAAACCUCCCAUGAAGAAGGUUCCCUAUGCAAAACCCAUUCCUGCUCAGUUCCAGCAGGCAUGGGCAGAGAACAAGGUACCAACUAUGGCUCCUGGUGAAAUGCCCAAGGAAAGAAAGGACGAGAAGAUAGACGGCAAGAAGAAGACUCAGGCUGAGAUCGAGCAGGAGAUGGCGGCUUUGCAGUACACGAACCCCAUGCUGCUGGAGCAAAUGAAGAUGGCACAGAUGCAAGAUCUGAACAUGCCAACACCCGGAGGCCAACCAGGCUCCAUGCCCUCCUUCCCAGGCCAGGGUGGCUCCAUGGCAGCACCACCACAAGGCUUCCCUCAGUCCAUGCCUUCCCAGCAGAUGCCUCCCAACAUGGGUCCCGGCAGCAUGCCAGGCCACUUCAUGCCCCAGGGACCUCCAGGGCCACAGCAUCACCAGGGCCCUCCUCCUCAGCAGGGCAUGAUGGGGCCACCGGACAUGCACGGACCUCCGCGCCACCCCGGACCGCCCAGAAACAUGGCGCCUCACGGCAUGCCGCCGGGACCCAGGGGUAUGCAGGGGCCCUCUCCGGGGCCUCCUGCAGGAGGUAUGAUGGGACCCCCGACUCGUGGACAAGGGCCACAGCAGGGGAACAUGAUGCAUCAAGACGUAAGGGGGCCGGCGCCCCACGGGAACAUGAUGGGCCCACAGGGGCCCCCGCAAAGUGGCAUGAUGGGUCCUCCGUCCAGAAAUCACGGCAAUAUGCAAGGCAUGGGCAACAUGCACGGGAUGGGGCCGCCCCCGGGAGGGAUGCACGGACCCCCGAAUAACAUGCAGGGCCCGCCGAAUAAUAUGCAGGGCCCCCCGGGGAACAUGCAGGGGCAUCCUCAGUACAUGCAGCAGGGCAAGCCGAUGCACAUGGGCGAUGGAAACAGGGGGCAGUUCAACCAGGGACAGAACUCGGGGCCCCAGGCUAUGAUGCAUGGCAUGGGACAGCAAGGACCCAGUGGCAAAGAUGGUCCUCGGGGACCCCCGAACCACCACAUGGGACCUCCUUCCGAGCACCAGGGCUCAGACGGAGGGGGUCAGUACUGGGGUGAGGACGGAGGCUACCAGGAAAACUGGAGAAGACCGGACAGACCGGAGUAUCACGGCGAGCCCCGGGGCCACAGAGGGGGUUCUGGAGGGCAGUGGGAAAACCACGACGACGAUUACGACAGGUACGAGGGGUUUGAGGAGGAGGAGUUUGACCAGAGGCCGAGAAGAACCUCGUAUUCGGACGACCCUUUCAGGAGAUCCAGUAUGAGCGGGCGCGGGAGCCGAGGAGGCUACCAGGACAAAUACGGAGAAGACCAGAGCUUCGACGGGCAGGAAGAGAUGGGCCAGGGCUGGGGAAACGGCGGCCGUGGGAGGCCGAGAGGAGGGCCGCCUCGCGGAGUUCACGACAGCUAUCGAGACGGCCAGCGAGGAGACCACAGCAUGCACGACAGUCCCUCAGCCAGUAGAGAGCGCUCUACAUCAUUACAGGGAAUGGACAUGGCCUCACUGCCGCCCCGUAAACGACCCUGGCACGACGGCCCCGGUACCGGAGACAUGGACUCACCGGGAGCGGGAGCGGGACCUGAGGACCGAGCAGCAGGUCGGCCUCAGCCUCGCGAGGACAUGGGAUACGGUCCUCCUCAGUCCAGGGGAGGUAGAGGAGGUUGGAACCGCGGUGGGCGUGGCGGGCCGAGAGGAGGACGAGGGCGGUAGUCACAGUCACGGCUUCCUUCUCCCUUCCCCUCAGGACCGUGUGGGGGUGCUGCGGAUUAAACCAGGACCAAAAGAGCCGUCCACACCUACUACAUCAGCUCUGGCUCCGACAUCCAUUCUCUUUGUGUCGAUUGGCUGCACUGACUGUGACGGGCACUUCCGAUUGGUUGAGGCUUGCGAGCUGUGAUUCGGCUUCGGAUGUCUGCUCGAACCGCGUCGGUUUUGGGGUUCUUGAUGAUCCUCUUCAAGAUGCGAGGGAUAAAACGUGUGAGCCCUGAAGAUGCCGUUUAAAAGCGCACUAUCUGCACCGGUCCCAAACCAGCGAGCGGAACUUCAGACCGGACUUUUUAACGUUUGGUUCUCCCAGCGACCCUCUCUGUUUAAUUUUAUGUAACAUAAUGAAGAAAAGAAUCGUGACGUUUACCAGCCGAUUCCCGACUCACGUGGGCUGCGGGACUUUGUUUCGACGUGUACAGUUUGUCGAAAGAUUCAUAUUGUUUUGUGCAUUUUGUAUGAAACUGGAAUAGAAGUUUGUGCAACAUUUAUAUCAAA